CACGAGUCGGUGGUGUAGUCAGGGCCAUCUUUGCUGGUGCUCUGCGCUCGCGCUUUCCACUCAUAAAUACAGUGUAACACGCAAACUGAUCGCAUUAAAGCAUCAGUUAUACGACUAGCAAGGCUGCAUUAAGGAAGCUACUCUCCUUGCUUUGUUUUUUUUAAUAAAAAAUUAAUUGUCGCAGGGAAAUCUGAGGGAUUAUAGCUCCAUUAUAAUACACCAUGGAUGAGGAAUAUGAUGUGAUCGUCCUGGGCACUGGACUCACAGAAUGCAUUCUCUCUGGGAUCAUGUCAGUCAACGGAAAGAAAGUUUUGCAUAUGGACCGGAACCCAUAUUAUGGAGGCGAAAGUUCCUCCAUCACCCCUCUGGAGGAGCUUUAUAAGCGAUUUGAGCUUCCGGAUGGCCCUGCAGAGUCAAUGGGCCGGGGACGAGACUGGAAUGUUGACCUCAUCCCGAAAUUUCUCAUGGCCAAUGGGCAGUUAGUUAAGAUGCUCUUGUACACUGAGGUGACCAGAUACUUGGACUUCAAGGUGGUGGAAGGAAGCUUUGUAUAUAAAGGAGGGAAGAUCUACAAAGUCCCAUCGACGGAGACUGAAGCACUGGCAUCCAAUCUAAUGGGAAUGUUUGAGAAGAGACGUUUCCGGAAAUUCCUAGUCUUUGUGGCCAACUUUGAUGAGAACGACCCGAAGACUUUCGAGGGCGUCGAUCCCAAGCAGACCACAAUGGGAGAGGUGUAUAAGAAGUUUGAUCUGGGCCAGGAUGUUAUUGAUUUCACGGGACACGCCUUGGCCCUCUACAGAACAGACGAUUACCUUGAGCAGCCAUGCCUGGAGACUAUUAAUCGCAUCAAGCUGUACAGCGAAUCGUUGGCCCGCUACGGGAAGAGCCCUUACCUGUACCCGCUGUACGGCUUGGGGGAACUGCCUCAGGGCUUUGCCAGGCUAAGUGCUAUUUAUGGAGGAACCUACAUGCUUAACAAGCCGGUGGACGAGAUUGUCAUGGAUGGCGGCCACGUCAUUGGAGUAAAAUCUGAGGGAGAGAUUGCACGAUGCAAGCAGCUGAUCUGUGACCCCAGUUACAUCCCGGACCGCGUGCGCAAAGCGGGCCAAGUGAUUCGGGUCAUCUGCAUCCUCAGCCAUCCCAUAAAGAACACUAACGAUGCCAACUCGUGUCAGAUCAUCAUCCCGCAGAACCAAGUUAACCGCAAGUCAGAUAUCUACGUGUGUAUGAUCUCCUAUGCCCAUAACGUGGCGGCCCAGGGCAAGUACAUCGCCAUUGUGAGCACCACUGUGGAAACCGCUGAGCCUGAAGCUGAAAUUGAGCCUGCACUCGAGCUGCUGGAGCCCAUUGACCAAAAGUUUGUGGCUAUCAGUGACAUGUACGAACCGACAGAUGAUGGGUCAGAUAGCCAGAUUUUCGCGUCGCGGUCUUACGAUGCCACCACUCACUUCGAGACGACCUGCAACGACAUCAAGGACAUCUACAAGCGCAUGACUGGCAGCGACUUCGACUUCGAGAACAUGAAGCGCAAACAGAACGACGUCUUUGGGGAGGAAGAGCAGUGAGGGAGGGAGACGAGAUGGAGGGGAGGAGAAGGCAGUAGUUGUGGACAGCUGUGAGUGGGACCGAUUUGAGUGUUUGGGCUUGAUUAGUAGUUGAUUUGUAGCUGGUAUCAGUAAAGCAGGAUUGUAGCAAUCAAACCAGGCUGCAGGUGUAGUUCAGCUGUCCUACAUUUUCCUUCUACUUGUCUAACUCCUUGCUUCCUCCUCGCUCUCAGCUCCUUUUUUCCAAAUUAUGUACAUUUUAGCACACAGGCACAACGCUCUUACGCUCACGUUCCCCUGGCUCAUCCUUCACAAAGCAGUCUUACAUUUUUCGUGAACAUGGUAUGCAUCAUUUCCGAGCUACUAUCUUGUUGAAGUGAAACAUAUCCAAGCCUUAUUUAUUUGGUAGUUGUUUUGGUUAAUGAAUGAUGCCUUUCAUAGCAGCCCUUGUGUGUUUACAAACUCCAUUAACACUAGGAGCAAGAAGAUAUCUUGUGAAAUUGCUAUAAACACAAAAAACAAGUAUUUUUAGUUCCCGAACCAUUUAUAAACAGGAUUGUUAAAUGAACACACUAAGAGAAUCACCUUUAAAAGCCUUCGACUAGCUGAACGUGUGUGUUACUGACAAGUGUAAGGCUGUACUCUGAUGAUUUUGCACAUACACAUUAUGAAACAUCAUUCAAAUGUCAUAACAAAAGGAAGCUGAUCUGACCGAUGGACGAUUUGUCUUUAAUAUAUAUUAUCAGUACGCAUGCAUGCAUCUUUCAUUCAGCACCUUUCCAAACGACACUGCUUUGAACCUAAAACCUCUACAGACACGCUCGGCUUAUUUAACCGUUGGAUAAGGAUGGGUAUGAGACCACAUAUGCAGUACGGAAUUGGAGUUUAAAAGCCAUUAACAUAAUAUUUCCGUUGCCCGCGUAGAAGCCGUGUUCAGGAUCUACAGCAGCAGCAGUUUGUAUAGGAAUCAUGGUAAUGUGAAUCUUACCUUUAAUAUAUAUUGUGCCCCCGUUGUGGUUCGACACUUGUAUAUCUUCUAGGUGUUCUGGUUUGUUAAACUAGGCUGGACCCUGGUCUAAGAACUUAGAGUUGUGUGUUCUCUUCUUUCUUCGUGUUGAUUUUGAUAGAAAUUGUCCUGGAGUGGUUCUUCCCAUCAUGCUUCUUCAGCCGCAGCAAUGAUUUAUACUUCAACACUGUAUAAAGACUUAACAUUCAUGUUAUGUUAGAGUUUUUUAAAUUACACAAGGAAUAGGACUUUCAGACUUUUCCUUGUGUUAUUUAUAAAUGACCAAAUUCCACCGAAGGUCCAUUCCAGCUUUUAAUUCUCAAAAAGUGCUCUUUGUGUCUUUUUUUUUUUUUUUUUUUACAUUACCGCAGAAGGUUUUGGUGGACAUCUCAUCUCACAGUGAUGCUGUUUGAAUACUAUGCUACUAUAAGCACACACACUGGUACAAUUUCCUCUUCUUUCCUCCAAGUGAAUUAUUAACUGACCAACAAAAAAAUUAACACUGGAAACUGGAUCAAAUAGCAUUAAUCUUACUGGUGAACGUAGCUCUUAUUGAAAUUGACCUAUUAUCUGUUAUUAUGUUGAACUCUAGUAGCUGUUUAAAUAUUAUUUUGCACUUUAUUUAUUUUCCUGUAUGUGUAUCAUGGAACUAAACACUUAACACUGGCAUAUGAACGUGAAACAGUUGAUGACUAAGAUGUGACUUUAUCACAAGUGUUUGAGCAGUCUUGUGCAAUGAAUGAAAAAUGAAUUCAAAUGUGAAUAAAAUGCUGAAAAUA